AGAGGGACGUUCGGCGAUUGGUCCCUGGAAGCUGUUCCUUCGGACAGGCCUGUUGGUGUUUCGAUGGUGUUGGGUGGAUCCCAGGUCCGGAGCAUUUUACUGCUCGGGAAACCUAAAGGCCCUACCUGCCUCCUCAAGUUAAACCCCGUCUCGCUUUCAAACGUUGACAGGGGCGACCUCCCCUUUAAACCCAGCUCUCUCCAUUUUAAAGGAGCCGAUGUAAAUUUAUUGCUGUUAAAGGGGAGGUGGCGCCUUCUCGAUGGGCCUGAGUGAUAGCCUCAGGCUCUCUGGCCUGUUUGCAGCCGCGCUCUGCCUCCGCCUCGGCCUCGUCUUUUAUGGGCUGCUCCAGGACCGCUCCAUGCUGAUUAAGUACACGGACGUGGAUUAUCAUGUCUUCACAGACGCCGCUAGGUUUGUCACUCAGGGAGUUUCUCCAUACAAAAGGGCAACUUAUCGUUAUACUCCAUUACUGGCAUGGAUGCUGACUCCCAACAUCUACCUCACGGAACUCUAUGGGAAAUUUCUCUUUAUUAUAUUUGAUGUUCUUGCUGCUCAUCUCAUGCACAAGAUCCUAUGCCUUCGAGGACUGGAUAGCCGCAGAGCAAGCUGGUACUGCAGCCUAUGGCUUUUCAACCCUUUUCCAAUGACCAUUUCGAGCAGAGGGAAUGCAGAAGCUGUCCUUGCAGUGUUGGUGCUGGCUACUUUGCACUACCUAGAGAGCAGACAGAUUGUGAAAGCUGCGUUGUUUUAUGGGCUUUCUGUACAUAUGAAAAUUUAUCCAGUGACCUAUGCAGUCCCCAUAGUCUUAUCACUUCAGACUCACCAGCAAGCAAAGGAGAAUGUUACUCCUACUACAUUGAGUAAAGGCUACCUUAAAGACACAGCUUUUUGCAGUUAUGCAAGAGCUUUCCUGAAGCUGGUUGUCAGACUGCUAAACAAGGAGGUGCUGCUAUUUGUUGGUAUUGCUGGACUACUGUUUCUUGGCCUAGGAUUACUUUUCUAUUGCAGAUAUGGCUGGGAAUUUCUGGAGCACACGUACCUUUACCACAUAACACGAAAAGACAUUCGCCACAACUUUUCCCCCUAUUUCUACAUGUUGUAUUUGACUGCAGAGAGUGAGUGGAGCUCUGCUUUGGCACUGGCUGCUUUCCUCCCACAGUUCCUGCUGCUCUUCAUCACAUCUUUUGCUUAUCACAAAGACCUGACCUUUUGCUGCUUCCUGCACACUGCUAUUUUUGUCACUUUCAACAAAGUGUGCACUUCACAGUACUUCCUGUGGUAUUUGUGUCUGCUACCAGUGGUUCUUCCAUAUCUGACGCUUACCUGGAAAAGAGGCAUGGUGCUGUUAGCUUUGUGGUUCAUUGGUCAGGGAUUAUGGCUCACCCCUGCAUAUUACCUGGAGUUUGAAGGACGUAACACAUUUCUGCUCAUCUGGAUGGCUGGAUUGGUAUUUCUUUCCAUCAACUGCUUCAUUCUGUUGGUAUUGAUCUCAAACUACAAGAAAAGGGAAUUGCAGUCAAAAACAAAGACAGAAUAACAGCAGAAAUGCUUCUCCACUCAGGAUGGUGCUGUUUACUGCCCGGAUUGGAGAUAAAAAAGAUUCUGACCUUUUACGAAAUCAAUGGGGCAAGUCAACUUUGCUUGGUUGAGAUGUCCCCAAGGAGAAUGCACCAGGGAACUAUCGUCCCCCAAACUUUUGUUUAAUUCAAUAAAGGGGCAAUGACUGGAUUUUUUUUUUGCCUGCAGAGAAUGGGUCCCUGCACACACAUCUAUGUAGCUUCUGGCAAGCAAAAGUGAGCCACAUUGCAAGUCUGAUAAUCUUAAAUUGGUUUUGUGUAACUUUUAUCACGCUUGAUGCAAACUCAGUCCUUUUCAAAAAUUCUUUAAAGCCACAGGCAUUUUAAAGAAAUUGCAAAUGUUCCUUACAGUACUGCUUCCAGGUCAAAGAUUAUCAUAGACCCUAAACAUGAAGAUUUACCAUAGUAUGUCCUUUAAAAGCAGGCGGUCUGUAAUCUGUAAAGUGUCUCUGUCUAAAUGAGUUUUCUUGAUCAGGUAAAAGCAUGGGCCCCAAAAUACACCAUCUAUGCUGUUAACAGUGGAAAUCACCAUCUGCUGGUGACCUGCAUAUCUACCACCCACCCACUUCACCCCCACCCUUCCCAAAAUUCCAGGGCUCAGCCAGUUUACAUAUUGCUAAUGUGUGACUAUCAGUAUUGUCAUCCACUAAGUGAAGGGACUUGGAGAAUGCAGAAUUGGCCAGCUAUUUGCAGAAGCUAAAAAGUCUGAUAGCUGGAACAAAAAGAGAUGAUUUCACUCUGGUUAAAAUUCCUUCAUGGAGUAUUGUAGGCCACAGUCUGAGCCUGGACACUCCUUUGAACAUCUCUUCCACUAUUGUGAUAGCAAAUUAUCAGUAUUUAAUUUGUUCAAUGCAUGAGACACAACAGGAAUUGAGGCAGCUGACACCAUCUCUUUGAUUGGGAAUGGUCAAAUUAAUCCAUCCCAGUGAAAUCCCUGCAGAUCUAUCUUGGGGCAGGAGCUCCUCAUGUGCUUCAACUUUACCCAGGCCCUAAGGAAAUUGGGAACAGAUGUAUUUUCUAUUAUCAUGUAUAAUUUCAGAUUUUUUAUUUGGAUAAUGUUUAAGCAAAUUAAAUGUUUGUUUCAACCAUCAAAUGCUGAUGAGGGUCAUUGAGCUGAAACCUUAACAUUCAUUUAUUUCGAGAUUUCCACCAACUGCAGUAUUUUGCUUUUAUGUUAUUAAGGUGUUUAUUCUUGUGAUGGUGAAAUAAGAACCCAACACCUAUCUGCAAUCUUAAAUUUGGCUUGAGGGACAUUUAAUGAAUAAAGUGAAAAUCUUCAAAAAAAA